AAGACAGACACAGACACAGACACAGACACAGGGAGACUUCAAAAUGACGUCGUAUUUGCUGAAAUCUCUCACAAAAAACCCACUUUCACCUUCUUCUCCGACUCUCAAAUCAUUGCUUGUCAGCUCUCUUCGAUCCUACGCAAAGGCUUCACAGAAAGAAAGAGUGAUAGUUCCGGAACCAGAACCAGAGCCAGAGCGCUUAGAUGACGUCGUUCCAACCUCCGGAAUCAGCAGACCCCUCUCUGAAAUCCUCAAAGAACUCAGCAAAAAAGUCCCCGAUACCCUCGUCAAAGUCCGUACGGAAGAUGGGUUUUCCAUCAAAUACAUUCCCUGGCACAUUGUAAAUAGGAUUAUGAAUUUACAUGCUCCCGAAUGGUCUGGGGAGGUUCGAAGCAUCACCUAUUCUGCAGAUGGAAAAUCUGUAUCUGUUGUUUACCGUGUAACACUAUAUGGGACUGAUGCAGAGAUGUACAGAGAGUCAACAGGAACUGCUUUAGUAGAGGACACAGGCUAUGGAGAUCCUGUACAGAAGGCGGAAGCAAUGGCUUUCAGGCGUGCUUGUGCACGCUUUGGUCUUGGCCUCCAUCUUUAUCAUGAGGACAUGCUAUAGAACACGUUCAUGCUCCUCAAAUUCAGCUUGCUCGCUUUUGACAUUGGGAAAUCCUGCUGUGACCGUGAUCUCAUUUGGUUGAUGGAGGGGAUCAUGCUAACCGGAAGCUUGAGUUUUGCCAUUGUUGCAUAUGAAACUGCAAUUGAAGUGCCUCUUCACGUGUUAAGCCAGAAGAUUUACAGCUUUCUUUUUUGUUCAGAAUGUUUCCCUUGUCGCUUAUUAUCCAAUAUGAAUGCUAAACACGCUGUCUUGUUAGUGUUCCUGAUGGUAAUCCUGUAUUUAGGGUGCAACCGCAGCAUGUUUAACUUGUGAUUGUGGUGGUUUGCUAAUACAGGCUGCAGGCAAAAUGCCUAUUGCUUUCUGCA